UGAACCUUCUCCAAAAAGUUUGUUCUUUCUUUGCCUUCUUGUUUUCAGUUAGGCAAUUUUGCGCUAAAAGGAUGUUCAUUUAUAUAAAUAUUUCUUAAAGUUCAUAUUGUAUAUGUAUGCUAUAUGUUUAUAAGAGUUUGGUUCUUUUAGCUUCAAAGUAGAAUUAUUUAACCUUUUUUUUUUCUCUAUCUGAGGUUUUUAUAAGAUCUCUAAAAACCUUUAGGUUUCUUUCUUUUUAAUGUGUAUUCACUUGUUAAAGUUAAAUGAGGUUGGUUGGAGUGAAAAUCUUUGUUUUUGGAAUCCUUCGUACUUAAGCGUUGUACGUAUUUGAGACAAUGGUGAUAGUUUCACUGAUUUCAUAUGCUAAAGAAUUCAUUGUGCUUGUUCAUCUCUGUUCUUUGUAAUAUAAAUAGUAGGAUAGAUGCGUUUGUUAAAUGUUAGUCGAGCCGCCUAUUGUCUUCCCAUGUUGAUCUUUGAAACCAAUGAAUAUUCUUGAAAGAUAUGCCCACGUUUAUUACUACUUUGUACUAUAGCCCCAUUUUGUCCUAUUCUACAAAUCGUUGCUUUUGGUGAUAUAUUUCUUGCAAAGUCAGAACUUUCAUGGAAAUGAUCGUUCACAUUUUCUUGGUAUCUUCUAGAUUUGACAACCAGAAAAAAAAAAAAAAAAGAGUUAGGCAGUGUUUUGUGUAGGUAAAGCAGGGGUUUUGGCCGGUAUUGCUAUGAAACAAAUGCCAAAUUGCCAAUCCCUGAGCUUAAGCAAUUAUGUUUCACAUGGAGAGACUUUAAAAUCACCUUCGGUUGGUGUCGCCAGUUCAUUUUGUUUCAUUUUGUUGUAUCACGUGUUUGACUUUUCUUGGAUUCUUAUUUCCGAGAAUGUCAUGGUACUGGUAUCCUGUUCUUGAUCUAUCAUUAUCAUAGUGAAUGAUAAUUAACGUAGGAAUUCUAUUGUUAAAAGAAUCCAAAGGUACAAAUGGAUGAUACGAGCAUAUAAUAUACCAUUCCCUAUCUGAUGUUAGAUAUGUGUCCGGUUAGGUUCUCAGCUAUUCCUUUAGGAUGCCAUCCGAAAGAGUUCACCUAAACGUGUUUGGUUGGUCACAUAGGAAAUUGAAGUGACAGCAGACAGCUUUACGUGUUUGUUAGCUCCUCAUAAAACUUUAGAAAGUGUUUUCCUCGUUUCAUCUACCUGUACCAAACGAGCAAAGCAAAGUCGGCAUUUGCUUCCUUGUCUUGUACCCUUGGAAACAAUGUACUCUCAUUAAAAAAAAAAUUUUAGUCUUCUGGAUCAGUGCAUACCUCCAAAUACUUGGGAGUUUCUGGCAGAUACAAAAGUCCUAAUUUGUUAGAAUUUGAUUAAAGCAAGUACUUCAUGGCACUUGCACGGGCUGCUAGGAGUGGCUUGAGAAGAUCAGGAGGUACCAUUGGCAGUUACACAAGUGAGAGGGAUCUCUUCUGUGAAAGGGUAUCCGGCCACAAAAGUUUACUUCCCUCCCUUGAAAGAAUCAAUGCGCACGGUAAUUUGACAUACCUUUCCACCAUCAAGAAGGAAAAUUACACGAGUUUUUGGAGCAGAGAAAUUAGGACAACCCCGCAUUAUCAAUUUCCCUCAGCAGAGCAGGUAGUCGAGUGUAGGUCAGAAUAUGAUGAAUCAAGGUAUCCAGGACUAGAGGCGACCAAGCCAGGUGAAAAGCCUAGAGUGGUUGUCCUUGGUACUGGAUGGGCAGCAUGCCGAUUCCUCAAGGGGCUAAACACCAAAAUUUAUGAUGUUGUUUGCAUAUCACCUCGAAACCACAUGGUCUUCACCCCAUUGCUUGCUUCAACUUGUGUUGGAACCCUCGAAUUCCGCUCAGUUGCUGAGCCUGUUAGCCGGAUACAGUCUGCAUUGUCGACAAGCCCCCAUUCAUACUUUUAUCUUGCUUCUUGCAUAGGCGUUGACACUAACAAACAUGAGGUGUAUUGUGAGACAAUGAGCAAUGGUGGACUACCUCAUGAGCCUUAUCAAUUUAAAGUUGCAUAUGACAAGCUUGUAAUUGCUGCUGGAGCUGAGCCUUUAACUUUUGGUAUCAAAGGGGUGAAGGAAAAUGCAUAUUUCCUUCGUGAAGUGAAUCAUGCCCAAGAAAUAAGGAAGAAGCUCCUUUUGAACCUGAUGCUCUCUGUAAAUCCAGGCAUAUCAGAAGAAGAAAAGAAGCGCCUCUUGCACUGUGUUAUCAUUGGGGGUGGCCCUACAGGAGUGGAGUUUAGCGGUGAGUUGAGUGAUUUUAUAAUGAGAGAUGUCCAGGAGAGGUACAGUCACGUAAAAGAUUACAUCAAAGUCACUCUUAUAGAGGCAAAUGAGAUUUUGUCAUCCUUUGAUGUUGGACUACGCCAGUAUGCAACAAAUCACUUGACUAAGUCUGGUGUUCACCUUAUGCGAGGUGUUGUAAAAGAGGUUCAUCCCAAAAAAAUUGUUCUCAGUGAUGGAACUGACGUCCCCUAUGGCCUCUUAGUCUGGUCUACUGGUGUUGGUCCCUCUCAGUUCGUGAAAUCAUUAGAUCUUCCCAUGUCCCCUGGUGGAAGGAUUGGGGUUGAUGAAUGGUUGCGUGUUCCUUCUGUAGAAGAUGUAUUUGCACUUGGAGAUUGUGCUGGUUUCCUUGAACAGACAGGGAAGUCUGUGCUUCCAGCUCUAGCUCAGGUUGCAGAAAGACAAGGUAAAUACCUGGUGGAGGUGUUUAACAGGAUUGGGAAACAGGAUGGGGGCAAGGCUUUUAGUGCCAAGGACAUGUCUCUAGGAGAACCUUUUGUCUAUAAGCAUCUUGGAAGCAUGGCAUCUGUCGGACGUUACAAGGCCCUGGUGGAUCUUCGCCAAUCUAAGGACGCUAAAGGUAUAUCACUUGCCGGGUUUGUGAGCUGGUUGAUAUGGCGCUCGGCUUACUUGACUCGUGUGGUAAGUUGGAGGAACAGGUUUUAUGUGGCGGUGAACUGGGCGACCACGCUGGUCUUUGGCAGAGACAACUCCAGGAUAGGUUGACACUUAACACAGCCCCCAUCGCCCAUGUCUUUAUUGGCUUUGAUCGGUCUUUUAAUAUUUUGAGUCUUAUGCUAAAUCUUUCGUUGAUUCCACAUUUACUCCACAUUUUGUAUAUUUGUUGUUAGCUUAAUAUUGUCAACUGUUUUGGAAACACUAUGGAAUGUAGCUACAAAAUGCAGGGAAAAGGCAUAUAUUCAAGUGUGUUCAUUAAUUGAAGGGGUUCCUUAAAGCCAAUUUGCUCUGCAUAUUCAUUUUGUUCCCAGUGUAAUAUAAUAGUAUAUGAUUAUGAAUAAUAUCAUUGCUUUUGUAACA